AAAGAUGAAUAACAGAAGGGAUGUGAUCUUGCUUGCAGUAUUAAAGUAAAAAGAUGUCGUCGUCGUCGUCGUCUGGAUGGUAAAACUUGGCAACCCUGAAGUGAGCGAGUGACCGUGGAUCUGCAGGCAGAAGAGACGAGCGCUGUUCAGGAGAGCGGAGUCACGGGCUUGGAGAGAACACAGCAGUGUACAGAUUAUGUCGGCCAGCGAUAGUGACUGUGCGGACGUGAACAGAGAAGCGUCUCCAGCUGCUCACAGAAAGUCCUUCAGUAUGGAGCCCAGCAGGUCCCCCCGGAGCUCCAAACGUCACCACUCCCGGUCCCGCUCACGCUCCAGGGACAGAAAACGUGACAGAAAACACAGGCGCAGCCGCAGCAGGAGCAAAGAGGCUCGUAAGAGGGACCAUGAAAAGACGUCGAAAUCCCACAAAAAAGCACAUGACCCAGACAGACUGUCCGUGGAGAAUGGAGAGGAGCGGUCCAGGCGGAAAGAGCGCAAGGCGUCCAGAGAGCGCAGCCUGUCCCGUUCGCUGUCCCAGGAGAGACACCAUCACAGCAAGAGCAAGGACAAACGGAGGUCGCGGUCCCGCAGCAGAGACAGAAAGAAGAAGGCCAGGUCCAGGUCUGGCUCUCGGUCCAAACACCGGCAUCAGAGCAGGAGCCGCAGCAAGAGCAGGGACAGAAAGAAGAGGCUAGACAAAGUGCGCCGGAGGAGUAGAAGUCACUCUGCAAGUCCCCCCAACUUUAGAGGACGAAACCCUGCCAUGGACGCACAGGAGGCCCUGGCCCGAAGACUGGAGCGUGCCAAGAAGCUCCAGGAGCAGAAGGAGAAGGACCUGUUGGAGAAGCAGCAGCAGCAGCACCAGGAGAUCGCUGCAGCUGCUGCUCCUACAGCCGCGGCGGCCGCUGCAGCCGUUGCCACCACCCCGGGCCUAGACGUGGCUGCUCUGCUGGCCUCAGGCACACAGGUCACUCCACAGAUCGCUAUGGCAGCACAGAUGGCUGCUCUUCAAGCCAAAACACUAGCAGAGACUGGCAUCGCAGUACCCAGCUACUAUAACCCUGCUGCUGUGAACCCCAUGAAGUUUGCAGAGCAGGAGAAGAAGAGAAAGAUGCUAUGGCAAGGAAAGAAGGAAGGGGACAAGUCCCAGACAGCUGAGCUGUGGGAAAAGCUCAAUUUUGGGAAUAAAGACCAGAAUGUGAAGUUCCGAAAGCUGAUGGGUAUAAAAGGGGACGAGGAGGUGGAAGCAGCCAAACCUCUGAAUGAAGAUGGUCUGAAGACUCUACAGAAGCAGGAGGAGAUGUUCAGGAACUUGGACGUUCAGUAUGAGAUGGCACGGUCACAGACACACACGCAGAGAGGCAUGGGGCUGGGCUUCUCCUCCUCCUUCUCCCGUGGCCCGGAGCCUAUGUAGCAGCCAUAUAGGGACUACUUUAUCCAUCAGCGUGCAUGGAUCUGUGCUUUAAACAUGGGCACCCAUCUGACACAUAAUGUGUAAAUAUGGAGAUGCUGAUUUUUAUCUCAGCAUUUAGAAAACUGUACGUCAUCAGUCAGACUGAUGCUGGUCACAUUUGUUUUAAUAUUGUAGCUUUUUUUUCUAUUUUAACUUCUAUUAAUGUGAUUGUUUGAACAUACUAAAUAUGUGAUUUAAGUGAGCACUGUUUACAUAGAUUUAGUGAAAGGCAGCUGUUUGUGUGGAAUUAGAAACCUCCUGUUUUCAGAAGAGUGAGUUUAAAGGAAAAGUGGAUUAUUUAGAGGACCUGUUCCGAUACAAGGACUACUCACAGCUGCACUGGAACUCCUGUGGCAGAUAUCAUGUUUCAGAUAUGCUUUCAAUAAAACAUGUUUAUGUUGUA